CACUGCAGGUGAACAGAAUAACCAGAAAGACUACUGAUGUGAAGUGUUACCCUGAGUAUCAGUUUCCAGAAUUGUCUACUACCUGAAGGGAUAAUGAACAAAAAACCAAGAAAACAGAAGAGAAAGGAUGCUGAAACACUGGAAUGGGCAGAUACUGAAACAGAAGGCAUUAUGUAUUUUGAUGUGGAUUGGAGCUAUUUUUCAUGUGUUUGAAGUAUGCAUGGUAAAAUCUCGAUCAAGAGAGUAAUUAGGCCUGUACCAUUGAUUCUUUUUCUAAAUGCAGUCUAAAACAGUGAUGGUUAUCUUCAUGGAAUAAAAACUGAAAUAAAAAAGUCUGAGAACAGAACUUUGCUGAAGUUAACGGGCUGCUUUUUAGCUGUGAUCCAGAGUAGACAGUAUAUUUAUUUGAGUAGAAAUCCUAAGAAAAGCACAAACACUGCUUUAGAAGUCACAUUUGAAAUGAUUGCCUUAGGAGAUCAUCAGUAGAAGAAUGGUUGCUUUUGAUAAAGCGCUGUGUGGUGCUGCGUUUUUUGAAGUUCCCCCCAAACCAGAAUAAGACAUCAGAAGAAAUACUACACCAUCUGCAAAACAUCGUAGAUUUUGGAAAACAUGUCAUGAAGCAGUUCUUCGGGGAGAAUUACGUUCAUCAUGGGGAAAUUGUUCAACUGCCUUUAGACUUCAUCAGACAGCUGUGUUUAAAGAUUCAGCCAGAGAGGCCAGAGUCUCGCUGCGAUAAAGACAUGGACGCUCUUAGCGGUUAUGCAAUGUGCCUUCCUAAUCUUACCAGGCUGCAGACCUAUCGUUUUGCGGAACAUCGGCCAAUCCUCUGCAUAGAGAUUAAGCCAAAGUGUGGCUUCAUUCCUUUCUCCAGCCAUGUUUCACAGGAGAUAAAGCACAAGGUGUGUCGUUAUUGUAUGCAUCAGCAUUUAAAGGUAGCAAAUGGAAAAUGGAAGCGACCAAGUAAAUAUUGUCCAUUAGAUCUCUUCUCAGGAAAUAAACAGAGAAUGCACUUUGCUUUGAAGAGCUUAUUACAGGAGGCACAGAACAACUUGAAAAUAUUUAAGAAUGGUGAACUAAUUUAUGGCUGUAAAGAUGAUCAGGACUCUGUUUCUGACUGGAACGAGCUUGCUCGUCACUUAAAACCUUUCUUUUUUCCUUCAAAUGGGUUGGUCAGUGGACCACACUGUACAAGGACAAUUGUUAAAGAAUUAAUCCAUGUUAUAACUAUGGCACUACUAAGUAGUACUGAUGCCUGCAGGGCAGGUGAUAUGAGGACAGUUCCCAUUUCACAAGGAAGAAGCUACUGUGAAGCAAGUGCUUUUAAUAAGGAGCUAGUAAGAAAUGGGAAGCAUAAAUUGGAAAGCUCUGGCUUACCGAGGGGUUGUCUCCUUUAUAAAACCCUUCAGGCUCAGAUGCUUGACAUGCUGGAUAUUGAAGGACUCUAUCCUUUGUACAAUAGAGUUGAACAGUACUUAGAGGAAUUUCCUGAAGAGAGAAGUACACUGCAGAUAGAUGGGCCUUAUAAUGAAGCAUUUUAUGAGAAGCUGCUAGAUCUUUCAACUGAAGACGAUGGAACAGUAGCAUUUGCGUUAACAAAGGUGCAGCAGUACAGAAUAGCAAUGACUGCGAAAGACUGCUCCAUCAUGAUUGCCCUUUCACCUUGUCUACAAGACGAAUGCUCUGAGCAAAGACCUGUGGUACUAGCAUCCAAAUCAAGAUUCACCUUUUCUGUUUCUGUCCUGGACCUCGAUCUUAAACCAUAUGAAAGCAUUCUUCACCAGUACAAACUCGACGGCAAGAUAGUAAACUAUUAUUUGAAGAAUGUACAGGCCAAAGAUGACCCAGUUAUGUCCAGUCUCUUCAAGGAGACUGAAGACUGCACAUUAGUUCUCCAUAAAGUGUAACUGUUUUUCCUUAAGGUUAUUUUUAUUCGAACACAUUAGAAAGUGAAAGGUUAAUGAAAUAAUUAUGGUGAUUUUUUUUUCUAUUGUGUUCAGUGCAUUUUUCAGCUGUGAAUGUUUUUGCUUUAAGAAAUGAUUUCUAAUUGGUAUGCCUUUUCAGAGACAUGGAAUAGCACUAAAACAUGCGUUUGCUAUGUAACCUUAAUGAAUGUAUUUAAUAUGGCAGAACAGAAACGUGCCAUACCUUGGAACUAAAGGCCAGAUCAACUUAAUUCUAAAAGUCCACUUCCUUAGAAUUGAAAUAACACAGAAUUAGAGGUUUCCUGAAGUAUUGCACUAAUAUAGAAAGCAUAAUUACUAAUAAGAGACUUGCCUUGGAGCUUGUGCUUUUUGAAGAGGGAAUGCUUUGACAAAAACCUAAUAAUAUAAAAUUUCAGCAUUAAGUAAGUCCACUGAAGAUACAGCUCAAGUGGCUAUUAAAGUGUUACAAAACUAUGGAACUACCAUGUUAUUGCAGAACACUUUAAGUACUAGUGCAUGAGAGUACUCCAGACUGCCUCCAGAAGUUUUGUGAGCACUUUGCAUUGCCUAAAGCUUCUGAAACUAAGUGAAAAGGGUUAAAAGUGAGCAUCUUUGACUUUUCUAUGAUAGCUGAGCUUAACUAGUCUGACACCUUGGUCUUUUAUUUUCUAUACAUGAUGUGCUGCUAUUGGAGGUGAAACCACAGCUUGCUCUUUCCUAAUUUAAAUUGAGCCCUAGGAAUUAUGUAUUCUGAGUUUUCUAGAUUACUUUGGGUCUUUCAGACUGUGUCGAAUGCUGGUAUUACUUCGCUGACAACCCAUACCUUAUGUAGCAUGACCAACUGCUUUCAGGCUCAUUCUGUUAAGUAAGUGAUACACAGAGGAAAGGUGACAGUAUCUGGUUUUAAAGCUUUUCUGAGGUUGCAGGGAGUCACUUUCUGAUGGUGAGUAGUGGAGCUGAGUUUGUAUCACUACUUCAGCGAUUUAAGGAUGGCUUUAAUUUGUAUAGUAAAGAUGCCUGUGUGCCGGUAAAAUUUUGAGAUGUUGCAGUUAGCCAUCUUCAAGGUAGAUGCUGAGUUAGGAGACUGAGGAUGUAUUCAAAACUGUGGGUAGUGUGAUUAAAAUCUACAGCAACUCUUCCUGUGUGCUUGGGGUUUACACACCCUGAAAUGUGCAAAGAGAUGCUAUUCAAGCUACAGUGAACUACUGUUAUCUGUAUACAAUGUGUGUGUACUGGUAAUGUUUUUCAAACUAAUGUAGGUUAUCAUUUAAAAAAAUUAUAUCAAGAUCAAGGGAUGUGGGCUGCUCUUCAGUUAAGUGUGAUACUACAACAGUGUAAUAAGCUGGUAGCUGACAGUGGUAAAAACUCUUUCCUUCUAAAGAAAACCUGGGGGAGAAGAUCCCCUUUUAAAAACAACUCUUCCAACCGUUUGUUAGACAAAACGAGAAAGGAUUAUCCACAGCUGAAAAAUUAAGUUUUCGGUUUUUUAUGCUGUAACUUUACACACAUUUCAAAUGCAAAUAGAAGUGUAUGUGCGUGCUGACUAAAUAGUUUCCUUUUCAUCCAGUAAGGAUCUAAAGAUGAGACUAACUACAGUAAAGGUUGCACAAAGCUAGCUAAACCAGUAACACGUCAGUGGAUAAAGCAGCGAUGAAUUUUGCUUGUCUACUGGAAUCCAAACUUGAAAACAGUCUGCCUUAUAUCUAAAAAGAAAAAUUUGUACUAUAGGAUUGCUGUUCAUCAAAAACUUGAUUUCUAGCAUAGUUCAGCUGUCCAUUCCAACACAAACCAGUCUGUACCUUCAGUUUUUCAUGACUUACCAGAACAGUCGGAGACUAUUUCAGUGAUCAAAUAGUGGAAUAUUAAAAUUUACAGUAUUUAAAACAUACUAUAGCUUUAAAAUUGAUAUUUUUAGUUCUUCUUACCUACCCGUUUCACCAUUGCUAUACAAUGCUUUGUCAUCUGUUUAAAAAGAUAACUAAAAUACAGAGCAGGCAGGUGUACUGAUUGCAUGGUUAUAGCGUCCAUGGACUUAAAAAGGAACUCUCUUAAUAUAUUACUAAACAGUUUACAUUGUCAUCAGCUUUGGCCCCUUGAUUCCAGGAAUAACAACUGUUACUCUGUAUAGAAUUGCAGGACUUCAAAUGAUGUAGGUAUGUUUUGGACCAUGUCCUUUGGUUGUGAUAGCUAAUGCAGAGACUCUCUUGAAAAAUGCUGGGAGUUCAUAACGAGCUAACGGUACAUCUGAUGGAAGCGAAGGAAGAUUACAAGACACCUGUCUGUUUUGUUUCUUUAGGGACAAAUAUAUGAAAUGUGAUGCUUUCAUAAUGUGUUAUCUGCUAGAAUUUUUUUCCAUGAAAAGUAGAAAAUCAAAAUGAAGUACUGCUGUGAGCAGUAGUUAAUUCUACUAUUUCUUUUUACAAAAGUAUAACGGUCUUUCUUGCUUAGUUCAGGUUUUCAUUCCAAUUAAUGCUCUCUUGUUCAACACAAAUUAUGGGAAAAAAAAGGUAUUUCACACAGUUGGUUUUCACACAUAAUACUUCUUUAAAAAACUUCAAAUUAUUUGUCUACUUCUAGCCUCAUUUAAUGAGAAAAUUACUUAACUCUUUGUUCUAGGAGUCUCUUACUGUUCUCUAGUCAUCUUAAAAAUCACUGUACUUUUACAGAGCUGUGAAAUGAAACUUCCACUUCUUAUGGACUUGAUUUUGACAGUGCAUGUUCUUUUAACACUUUCCAGGUAUCUAGAAAAUGUUAAGACGACAAACCACUCUGGUACAUUAUUGAUUCAAAAAGAUAAAUUUAUAAUGAAAUCACUCUGUACAUGUAACUAUUUUAUUUGGCAUUUUUGUAUUUAAAUGGCUGUAUUUAUUUUCAUGUCAUGACAAUUUAUAUAUAACGUGCCAUAAUUGUACAGAUAGCAUGUUUUAUGAGUAUGGUUUCUAAAUGGAGAAUAACUUAAUGUUUAUAUUCAAUAAAAUUAUAGACUGUGUAACACAAUAUCUUAAUUAAAACUACUUU